AGUGCGCCAUCUAUAUCUACUGUUAUUAUAGCUUGCUACAGCUCAGAAAAUAAUUAAUUGGCGAUGGCCGACCGUGUCACUCAACUUCAAGACGCUGUAAAUCAGCUUGCUGAGCACAUGUGCAAUAGCAUUGGUGUACUCCAACAGAGUGCUCAGCCGUCCAAGUUCCCUGGGUGUGAGAAACAAGCCUCUCAAGAACAGCAGCCUAAUCAUGAGGAUUACACCCAGCUCUUUGCUCAACUGAUUGCCAGAACAGCCAAGGACAUAGAUGUACUGAUAGAUUCUCUACCGAGUGAAGAAUCCACUGUUGAACUUCAGAAUGCAAGUUUGCAGAGGUUAGAAGAGGACAAUGAGAUAGCAGCCAAACGACUUGGUGAAGUCGUUGAGAGGGGAGAGCUUCUGCUCCAUCGCAUUCAAGAAGCCCUCGCUGAGAUCGCUGAUGCCCAACUCAAGACCAAGAGUUCCUCUUCAUUGGCUGCCUCAUUGGCUGCAUCAUCAUCAAUGAAUUCUUCUUUGGGUGCCCUAGCAUCAUCAACUCAGUCUUCAGGGUCAAACUCAUCCCUGAAUGUGGGCGGGACCUCAGCAAUGAAUGGGACAAAUACUUGACAUUUCUCUAUUAUUGUAAAGCAAGUAUUGAUACUGUUAUCACACAAUGAACUGAUAAUCUAUUUGUACAGUCUAUAUAUACUCUGCAAUUAAAGAUGUGGCUUCUGCUUGUGCUUGUAACUGCAAUUGAAUGCCAAGACAAGAUAGUUGUUCUCAUCUCACCAUUGGGGAGGAGUUACACCCUACCGUAGUGUCUGGACCUUGGAAUUUAGGAUCUUUGUUUGAUAUGAAGGAUUCACAGCUAAAGAUAUCUGACUGCUUUCUUGCCCAAAUUAAAAAAAAAAUACUUUGAAAAUCAGAGAUGAUUUUAAUCUCAACCUAUGAUUUCAAGCAUAAGAAAAUAAGCAUAAAUACAGGCAUAAUGUCCGAGUAUUAAUUUGAUCAGAUCUAUUAUGCUUGGGUGUCUAACCCUAAUAAAAGGGGGGGGGGCUGAUUCAGCCCCCUUGACAUUUUUCGUGAUAAAUCUUGAUAAAUAAAUCUCGAUAAUUUAUUUUUUUUUAUUGCGCCGCUCGCUUACUUUUGACUUUAAAGUUUCGCACCACUUUUGAGACCAAAAUUACAACCCCCGGGUACAUGGUUCCGAAAUAAUGCAAAAUUUUGUAAGUGCAUGCAGACCCAAAAUUGCUCGAAAGCGUUAAUUUGUGUACAAAUCCGAUUUUCAUUGCGAUCAUGUGAUCGACAGUUUUGAAAUAGCCGUCUUUUUUUGGUUAAACAACAUCUUGAAGCAGGUUUUUAUAUCCUUUGUGAAUUCAAGCCUUUGAGUAUUCAUAGCCAAGUGAGAGUUUGGCUCUUUGGCUGUUUUAGAUUUGAAGCAAAAAUUUUCAUGGAAAAUAUGGUUUAGUUAGCUUUUGAGCCCUGUUACUAUUGUAUUGACUUUAUGUGUCAAAGUUAUAAAGUAAAUCAUUAUUACUGAGCAUGAUUAUCUCCAAAACACAUUAGCCUUGUAUAAAAAGAUAGUCAAGCAUCAUCUUAAGAAAUUUGACAUAAUGAGCUGUUUAUCCAGUGUUAAAAGAGUUGUCCAUCAUUCAGAGUGGAAUUUAGUAACCUAACCAGUUGCGGACUAGCAGUUAUGUAAUGCUAUGUAUAUUUCAUCCCAUCACCUCGUGUAGUAAAGCAAGCGUCUCCCUUACCCUGGCCUGACACAGUCCAAAUCAGGCUGAAGAAUGUCUGUGAUGGGACAGAAUUAUUUAUUGAGUCCAUAAGAUGCAGAGGUCUAUUUAACAGUAAUGUCCUGUACCAGCAGCACAGAAACAUUGUUAGCCGAACAGAGCACUAAUAGUAAGCUCAGUCACACCUUCAUGAUUGUGAAGUCAAUGCAUAUGUGUAUCCUUUGUGAAAAUAACAUGCCACAUUACCGGUUGUAACAUGACCUCUGUUAUCGCUAACAACGUUUCUGUGUGGCUGGUGCAGUUGAUUUCACCAUUCGUAAUCUACUUCCCAUGCCAAUAUUGUCACUCGGAUUACAGAUGUUGAUGAAGUGCCUCCCUACUUUGUUUGUGAGCAUCCCAAAAGUCAACUGAAUCCUCUUUGCAUGCAUUCCCUAGUGCUGCAUCCAGUAAAUCUCUGGCAGCUCUUUGUAUUGGCUUUAGAAACUAUGAUUUAGAAU